CAUGAUUCCUGCUUCCAACUGAUCACAAGUCUUCACGAGGACCAAGACCAAGACCCAGAGUCCAAGACAACCCUCUGGCCUUCUCCUCAUAUUUACCAUUCAUUUAAAGACACUGAGGACGCUGGAUGACGAGAAGAGAACACGUAAAUGAAUAAGUGAAGGUGAGGAGUGCAGAGUGAAGAAGUAGAGGGCAGCAGUCACUCACCACCAUGCCUAGCAAUCCUGCCCUGGUGCUGCUCUUCAGUGGUAAACGCAAAUCAGGAAAGGAUUACAUCACUGACCGGUUGCAGCAGAGGCUAGAUGAAAAUAAGAGCAAGAUCAUAAGACUCAGUGGACCCAUCAAGCAGCAGUUUGCCGAUGACAAUGGCUUGGAUUACUCACAGCUCCUGACUGCAUCGGAUUACAAGGAGAAAUACCGAUCAGAAAUGAUAACUUGGAGUGAAGCCAAGAGAGCACAGGAUAAAGGGUACUUCAUCAGAGAAGCCAUUAAGAUGUUUGAAGGACUGUGUGGUGCAAUGAACCUUGUGUGGUCUUGCAAGAAAACUUGUGGGUUGAAAAUUUCACCUCUAUUUUUCAAAACAAGCUUGAAAUGGAGUCUUCUGUUUGGAAGUAAGUACCCAAUUUGGAUUGUGAGUGACAUGCGGCGACGUAGUGACCUAGCAUGGUUCAGGGAGCACCACCCUGAUGCAGUCUACUCUGUCCGCAUCAUGGCCACUGAGGAGGCACGGAAGAAGAGAGGCUGGGUCUUCACUCCAGGAGUAGAUGAUGCAGAGAGUGAAUGUGAUCUGGACAUGGUUACUUCCUGGGACAUGGAAGUAGACAACAGUCAAGAAGAGAGUGAAGGGCAUCUGCUAAGUGUGCUUGAUUCUCUCCUGACUCUGUGCUCAGAGCGGGUAUUAGCAGCAGCAACAGCAGGAAGAUGUGAUGCUGUUUCCAAUACUACAGAGAAUCAAGUGCCUUAAUCAGAACAUUAUGGGAAUACACCAAAAGCAUGGGUCAUGAACACCGUCUGUGUGGAACCUCAUUCAUCUUGCUGAUAGCUUCAUCCUUUGUGUGUGAGUUGACUUGUGAUUAUAAAUAUCAAUCUGGAUAGGUUUUCAUGCAUUUUGUUGAAUUGUUUAUCAGUUAUGUAUUUUUCAAUUAAUUUAUAAAUAUAUUUCAUCAUCAAUGGUUAUAUGUGAUGUUAAAGGACAGAUUUUCCAGAGGUGCAGCCUGUGCUGGCAUAGGCAGGUAGUGUUAACUGUUUUAGUCUCUCUAACCAAUGUCACAUAUCAGAGUUAAGUGAGUGAAUAACCUAUAGGUGAUUUGAAAACAACUGUGAUGCACACAAUGUUAAGCAUAGUAUUUUAAGACUGUACUGUUUGAGUGGUCUCUAAUUUUUUUCCAGAAACCACAUCCCUUAAUUGAGAUUAGUCAGUGCAUAUCUCUUACUUUAGCUACCUGGUCCAGCUGGCCACUCCUAACUCUUGUAUAGCCACCUGCUAUGAUUCUCCUUGCCUGAACUCUACAGUAGCUUUAUGCUGCAGCCAGCCAUCCACUUCAUAUUAAUGCAUUAAGGUGAAGGAAGGAUUUGGUUUCAGGCAGAACAUGGUGCUGAAGGUUGUGAAAUAACAGUCUUGAGGUGAUCACUAUUUUGAAGUUAGUUUAGGUGCUUGUAGGGACAUUCGGUAGCUUAUGGCUGUGUGUGUGGUACUGAAGAGAGUAGGCACAAGGUAGCUUUGUUAACACUGUGAGUGAGCAUAUUGGUCAUAAAGCCAAGAUGCACUACGUCCACCGAAAUAACUGCAGGCACUUCUCUUAUUUUAUAGAGGUAUUAAAGUAUAUACAGUAAUGGGUUGUUGAUGAGGAGCUUUUGUAGUGACCUUACAAAUGAUAAUAUUUGUAGUAAUAGAUACUCUGUGAGUCUGUGAUUCUUGCCUCUGUGUGUGUGUGUGUGUGUGUGUGUGUGUGUGUGUGUGUGUGUGUGUGUGUGUGUGUGUGUGUGUGUGUGUUUGUGUGUGUGUGUGUGAUUACUUGAAUUAUAUUACUGCUGCAAUAACAUGUCACCAAUACAUUGAGAGAGAGAGAGAGAGAGAGAGAGAGAGAGAUUGGGGAAUUGAUAAAUGUAUUAGCUAACUAGCUUGAUUCAUUAGUUGUAUUUUCUUUUUGUAGCUAUAUUUUCAUGACAUAAUAAAUAAUUUUUUACAUAA